CUUUGAGUUUCUCUCUGUGAUUGACCCUAUGUGUGGCACAGUUUAAAGUUGCCGAAACUGACCUAAGAUAUGGUUGUUUUGUUCCCUUGGCAAUCACAAUUUUGAUGAUACAGCUGAAAUUAAAGAUGGCAUGCAGUUUUUAAAAGUGACAAAAUUGCUAACAAAAUACAAAGCUGAAGCUGAGGUUUGAUUUUGGCUCUGUUGAGAAAGAAAGCAUUGAAGUCACUAAAGCAACUCAUUUCUUGGUCUUUUUUGGCUCCUCCCUUGAUAUUCUAAUAUCGGUUGGCAGCUGGAUCUGGUACUGGUUUGCAAUCAAUGGACGGUUUGGAUUGGGACGGCUCACACAUCACAAAUACAUCAACCUUAUUAUGGAGCAAUCAUCAAGUACAUGAUCUUGAAGAAAGCUUGUUGUUGUCCAACUCAAGUUCCAGUGCCUUCAUUCCAAUCCAAGAGCUUCCGAAGGUCCAAACAUCGCAUGUGAUUAUGAAUUCAAAUGCUGAAAGACCAAGCAAUAUUGGCACUCAUCAAAUUGCUCAUCAGAAAAAUCGUUGUGGUUUGGAUUCAGUGCAUGAUAUGCCAACUUUGAGAGCUGAUGAAUUGUGUCAAUCCCCUUUGAAUAUCAGCAGGCCUUAUAAUUUGAUGAGUUCACUGAGCACUAGUACUUUCAUGGCUGCUGAUCAUUAUGGCAUUAUUGGGAAACAUGUACAACCACAAGCCAAUUUUCAUGGCUUACAAGAUCAACAUGUCAAGGCUAAGCCAGCAACGACUUGCUCUAUUGAGUCCUUGGAUUGCUUGCUCUCAGGCACUAAUAGCAACACCGACACAUCUGUAGAAGACGACGAUGGUAUUUCUAUGCUUUUUUCGGAUUGCAGAAGAAACUUGUGGAACUUUGGAGCAGGCAAUAAUAGUGCAAUCUCUUCUGGAGAUUCUGACAACGAAACUGUAGUCUCUCAAAGCUCAUCAGAUUUAUAUGUCCAAAUCCAAGGUAAGCCAAAUUCCACAAAGAGAAGCCAUGAUCAAAGUGAGCCCAAAUUGCACGAAACAAAUUAUAGUCACUUCGGUCUUCUUCAAACAGAUUAUUCUUCUACUAGUGAAGGCGGUUUUAGGCUCAUAUCUGAAACCCCACCAAAGCCGAAGAAACUCAGAUCCGAUAACAAGCGUCCAAGCUCAUCCAACAUCAGCUUUCGACAGCCAUCUUCAUCUGUGCCAACUUUGUCUAUUGAAGAACCUGAUCCCGAGGCCAUUGCACAGAUGAAAGAGAUGAUUUAUCGCGCUGCGGCUUUCAGACCUGUGAACUUGGGGCUGGAGAUGGUGGAGAGGCCAAAGAGGAAGAAUGUGAAAAUAUCAUCUGAUCCACAGACUGCGGCUGCAAGGCAAAGGAGGGAGAGGAUCAGUGAGAGAAUUAGGGUUUUGCAAAGGCUGGUUCCUGGUGGAAGCAAGAUGGACACUGCAUCAAUGCUUGAUGAGGCUGCAAAUUAUCUCAAGUUCUUGAGGUCACAGGUCAAGGCACUUGAAAAUUUAGGCCAAAAAAUUGAGUCCAUGAGUAAUUUUAAUAUUCCUCCUACAAGCUUUGCUUUCUCUUUCAACCCAUCUUUUCCCAUGCAAACCCAUAAUCAUAACCCACUCCAAAACCCUUAUCAUAUCGACCAACCCCACAGUUGAAAAACUAAUCUCAAAUCAGGAAAAAAUCCCUAACCCAAUGUCCUUUGUCCUUUACUAUAUCAUUUUCAUCAUCAUCAUUUCAUCCCCCAAUGAUUAACUCCCAAAACCGGUUUUUUAUUACCAAAAAAAAAAAAAAAAAAAAAAAUUAGCAGCAAAUUUUUUAUCUAAGAUCCAAAUCAUUCUCUUCAUCAUUACAUGUAUCUUGAGUUAUUAAGGCUCAUCCCAUGCCAUCAUAACACCCACCACCCAAGAUCAGCUUCCACAAGUAAAACUUGGAAAUGAAUCUAUUUCCAGUACUA